CCAUUUGCUGUAGCACUCUACUUUUCAGUUUCCAUUUUCGAGUUUCAAUUCCUUUCAGAGGAGAAGAGACUCCAAAACAAGGAAACACGGAAGGCUCUCAACUUAUUAGGGUUUCUGCGAUUGUGAAUUUGUGAUCGCCUUUCUUUGCUCGUGUGCGAGAAGAAGAUCGACUCGAUCCAUCGUUGUUAAGCGGAGAUUACUUUGGUUUUCGAUCGACACAGGUUUGGUAACUUUUCAUCUCAAGCUGCAUCUUCUAUUUUCGACUUUCUCUAGAGGAAUCAUCAUCUGCUAAUCUAAGGGAAAACGAAGAAAUCUGUCAAUGACUUGCUUGAUGAUCCGAUUCAUAGACUUUGUUUCCAUACUUUAUAGUUCAUGGAAAAUACGCUUUUGUUAUCGUGCCUCUUUAGAUUUCCGAGAACUGGAAUGGGUUGUCGGUGCCGAUCUUUGUUCUGCGUUUUCUCAGGGAUUUUAGGGCUUUCCCUUCGGCUACUUAUACUUGGAUUGUAGACGAAGGAUAUCUUAUGUUGUUUUCUACUAUUGGACUGAAGGCGCAGAUAUAAAGUUCUGGUUUAAUGGAGAUUGCUUUUCUCUGAAGUUAGUGUUUUUGUUUAUUUGUUUUCUAGUCGUGAUGACUAUUGCUGUCGAGUCUGCCGCAAGGGAUGGAAAUAAGCUCAGUGUGUUUAAUCGCUUGGGGGCUACAGCUGCUAAACCCCUGAAAGUCUGUCGCUAUUGGAGGUCUGGGAGAUGCAACAGGAAUCCCUGCCCCUUCCUUCACAGAGAAUUGCCACCACCGCCCAGUAUCAAUGGAAUGGCUUCUAAUCGGCCACGGAAAUCUGCCCCUUCCAACACCUGGGUCCGGAAUCAAGGUGCUGGAGCGGCUAAUGUUACUCACAAAACGGAGGACAAAAAUAAUGGUUCCGGAUUGAUUAGUGUGUCUCGCAAAAUGCAAGACAAAGUCUGCCCUAAGGUUCCACUCAAAACGCAAAACAACAAUCAUGGUACCGGAUUGGAUAGUGUGCCUCAUAAAAUGCAAGCCAAAGAUUGCCAUAAUGUUCCUUGCAAAACGCAAAACACAAAUCAUGGUGCCGGAUUGGAUAGUGUUCCUGGCAAAACGCAAGACAAAGUUUGCCGUUAUUGGCUAGCUGGAAACUGUAGUAAUGGAGACAAGUGCAAAUAUCUACAUUCUUGGUUUCUUAGCGAUAGCUUUACAUUAUUGAAGAAGCUUGAAGGACACCAAAAGGGUAUUAACGGUGUUGCUCUUCCAUCUGGUUCUGAUAAGCUUUACUCUGGGAGCGAAGAUCAAUCUGUACGGUUUUGGGACUGUCACACUGGGCAGUGUGCUGCUGUGGUCAUUUUGGGUGGUGAAAUUGGAUGCAUGAUAAGUGAAGGGCCGUGGUUUUUUGUUGGCAUUCCCAACUCUGUUAAGGUGAUCUGAUUUUCAUGAAUGUGGAACAUCCAAACUGCCUCUGAAUUUAGUCUCAGUGGACCUGUUGGACAAGUGCAUUCCCUUGCUGAGGGAAAUGGGAUACUUUUUGCUGGAACUCAGGAUGGUAAAAUAUUGGCAUGGAAAAUUGAUGCUGCAAGCAACUGCUUUCAACCGAUUGCAUUACUUGAGGGUCACAGUCAUGCAGUUGUUUCGUUAGUUGUUGGAGCUGGUAGGCUGCACUCUGGAGCUGGUAGGCUGUACUCUGGCUCAAUGGACCAUACGAUAAGGGUGUGGGACCUAGAAACUUUACAAUGUACCCAUACUCUGAGAGGCCAUACUUCAGCUGUGAUGUCUGUUCUUUGUUGGGACAAUUAUCUAUUAUCAUGUUCCCUUGACAAAACAAUAAAGGCGUGGGCUGCUACAGAAAGUGGUGACAUUGAAGUAGUUCAUACACACAAUGAAGAAAAUGGUGUGCUCACCCUUUGUGGAAUGCAUGAUGGACAAGAGAAACCUGUCCUGAUGUGUUCGUGUGACGAUAAUACUGUGCACAUUUAUGACCUCCCUUCAUUCAAUGAGAGGGGGAUAAUAUUCUCGAAAGAGGAAGUUCGGGUAAUACAAAUAGCUCCAGAGGGGCUUGGGCUUUUCUUUACUGGUGAUGGAACUGGCGAACUCAGAGUGUGGAAAUGGGUUGACUUGCCACUGAACCAACAAACGGAGUAACCACACUGUUGGAAUCAAUGGUAGCACGGUAUUGAUUGGGAUGCAACAGAGAGACCUUGGUUUUCUGUUGAAUUUUUUUCUCCUUUGAUUUGGUUAUUUCUCUGCUGAUAGUCAUGCCGAAGGUGGAGAAGUGAUUCAAGUUUUUGUUUUGUAACUCCUUCCAGGAAUGCCUGGAUGUUAAUUCUGUAAUCUAUCAACAGUAGCAUUAUUUUUUAGAGUCUACUGUAAUUUUUUUGGACAAUCAUUUUUGUCAUGCAUAAUGCCUUCCCAAUUGGAAGAAUGGUUGUGCCUCUGAGAUUAACCCAAUCUCAAAUGUAAAUUCAUUCAAGCAAAGCUCUGUACUUUUUUUCUUUACUUCAUUGUUUCUCAUUUUUGUUACCUAUUGUAUAUUUUUGUGGUCAGUGUACAGUUUGUGAGAACUUCAGUAAAUAAAGUGAAUCAGAUUGUUGA